UAAACAAUCUUGCUGGAUCUAUGCUAGGAAUAUGGCGCUGCACGCAUUGUCGAUCCACCACCUCCUAAGAGCGUUUCAUCAGAACCGUCGAGCAUUGCCAAAGAAAAGGAAUCAGCUGAAGCAAAGCCACCCGCUCAAAGGGUUUCAUCAGAACAGUUGAAUAUUGCAAAAGAGAAGGAAUCAGCUGUAGCAAAUGUUACAAAACAGUCAUCAUCACCCUACAUUUCGUACGAGGAUUUAAAACCUCCAACAUCACCUACUCCAUCUGCACCUGUUGGGAAAAUAGAUUUAAAUGUCGUCGACGGAGUCUCAUCGAUCGCUCAAACGAGUUCAUCAGAAUCGUCAACUGAAAUUGCCGAGGCGAAUCCUGCACCUGCUCCUGAAAAAGCAGUGACAAUGAAACCUCUCUCCCCUUAUGUAGCAUAUGAAGAUCUAAAGCCUCCUACAUCACCAUCUCCUAGUGCACCUUCCCUAUCAUUUUCAUCAACAUCUCCCUCAAACGGUCCACCUCAGCCUGCUACCGCGAACGUAAACAGCUCAACGCCAAUUCCAGAGGCAGACGACUCGAGUGAAACACAUCUUCCCAAGCCAAAGAAGCUACAACCACUGUCACCUUUCACCAUGUAUGAGGAUUUGAAGCCUCCAGCAUCCCCAACGCCCUCUCCUUGAAAAACCUUAAAGAAAGAGCUAUCAUCAGUUCCCUAAAUGGACAGAGACAGAUGAGGGGUUAUACUUUCUAUGUAAUAAUCUGAAGAACAUUCGUUACUUUUUCCCGUCCAGAUUCCAUGGACGACUACACUGUUAAAUUUGCUUAUUUUGCCUGUAAUUUUGAUCAAAGUUGCCAUUUUCAUGGCAUUUGCUUCAUUUUAUUCGUUGAA